CCCUCAACCCCGUACAAUUCCCAACGUCAUACACCUAAGCGGCAUGGAGUCGGUUCCGUUCAUUCUACGCGUCGGGCUACUGCGAUAAAGCAAUGGCAAGACAUCCGUUGCUCCGCCUGCCGCGGCUCUAUCCAAGUACCCGGCUUUCACCAUCCCUUUUCACUUCACCUUCGUCUGCGCGCUACUUUCUGCCCUCUACCCAAAUUCGCUCAAAUUUGUUCAUCCGCAAACACAAGCAUACCAAGAUUUUCAACAUGGCUGAUCUCAAGGUUGAUCUCACGGCGCCGAACGGCAAGAAGUUCACAUUGCCUACCGGUCUCUUCAUCAAUAAUGAGUUCGUUAAGUCGAGCUCCGGCGACAAGAUCACGAGCAUCAACCCCACAAAUGAGGAAAAUAUCUGUGAAGUCGAAGCAGCUUCGGUUGAUGAUGUCGAUAAAGCUGUCAAAGCAGCCCGUACCGCACUCAACCACGAGUCGUGGCGUGAUUUGUCCGGAACCGAUAAGGGUGCCUUGAUGAAUAAGCUAGCCGACUUAGUUGAGGCCAACAAGGAGAUUCUGGCCACAAUUGAGACGUGGGACAAUGGAAAGCCGUACUCGGUCGCCCUACACGGCGAUGUUGCCGAGGUCGUCGGCACUCUCCGAUAUUAUGCUGGCUGGGCCGACAAGAUAUUCGGCCAAACUAUUCCCAGUACUCCGCUGAAGUUUGCGUACACGCUCAAGCAACCCAUCGGAGUAUGCGCGCAGAUUAUCCCGUGGAACUACCCGCUGGCCAUGGCAGCAUGGAAGCUUGGCCCCGCUCUGGCUGGUGGAAACACUGUCGUCAUGAAGCCCGCUGAGCAGACACCGUUGUCCAUCUUGUACCUGGCAACCUUGAUCAAAGAGGCGGGCUUUCCUCCCGGUGUCAUCAACAUUCUGAACGGUUACGGAAGGGAGGCUGGGCAUGCUCUGGCCAGCCAUCUCGACAUUGACAAAGUUGCCUUUACCGGUUCGACCGCCACCGGAAAGAUGAUCAUGAAGACGGCGAGUGUCAACAUGAAGAACAUCACCCUCGAGACGGGUGGUAAAUCUCCUCUAUUGGUGUUCGCCGAUGCCGACCUCGAGCAGGCCGCGAAAUGGGCCCACGGAGGUAUCAUGGGCAACUCGGGUCAAAUCUGCACUGCGAACUCUCGUCUUUUAGUCCACGAGAGCGUGAAAGACAAGUUUGUUGGAAUCUUCACGGAUGUCAUCAAAUCCACCAACGUCGUUGGCGAUCCCUUUGAUGAAGCUACGUUCCAGGGUCCCCAGAUCACCAAGGCGCAAUACGACAAGAUUCUGGGCUAUGUCGAAACAGCCAAGUCCGAGGGUGCUACACUAACGUGUGGUGGAGUUCCUUUCAAGGGCGUCAGCGGCGGCAAGGGCUACUUCAUUGAGCCUACCGUCUUCACAGGCGUGACUUCCUCCAUGAAGAUUUACCGCGAAGAAAUUUUCGGACCAUUCGUCGCUAUCGCAUCGUUCAAGACAGAGGAGGAGGCCAUCGCCAUGGCGAAUGACACGGUCUACGGCCUGGGUUCCUCCAUAUUUACCCAGAACAUGGAGGUGGGCCACCGAGUGGCUUCCAAAAUACACGCCGGCAUGGUCUGGAUCAACUCGUCCAAUGACUCGGAUUUCCGAAUUCCGUUUGGUGGGGUGAAACAGAGCGGAAUUGGUCGGGAAUUGGGUGAGGCCGGUCUGGCUGCAUAUACCCAGGAGAAGGCCAUUCAUGUAAAUCUGGGGAACAGGUUGUAGAAUGGGAAGGCGAGAUAUGAGAACAUUGUGUAUUGGUAGCGUGGUGGCUCUAUGAAAACUGUAUUGCAAUGGACUAACAAUGGAGCUCUAGCAGCAUCCAAGGCGAACGUGGAAUGAUGUUUAGUUUUUGGUCCAAUGGAGUUUGCAAGCAUGUUUUACGUCAGCUGUAAUAGUGCUGGUCGCAGAAAGAGGGUCUCAUAGAACGGCGAUGCUUUGCUGUCCGAACGAGGCAAUCUCAACCCUCCUAGUCUACAAAGCAAUCGAUAACUGAAGAAUCGUAACCGGAACCGUGUGAUCAAAGCAUGCCGAGACAAGAUACUUUGACGUUGGCACUCAAUUUAGGUGUUAGCAUUGUUCUCGCCAGCUAGUUUUAUCACAAAGACAGCCUUUGAGCUGUGGUAUAUGUUGUGACUUUGUUGCAGCAUAAGACAAUAGCAUUGAACAGUGCUUAGCCGGAAAUAGAAAACGGGAAAUCACAUUUUAAAUAGUGAGCAGAGAAG